UGAGCCACCCAGGCACCCCUGCCUCUAAACCUUUUUACCAUGCUUAUCGUUGACUUGAGUCAAGCUUUUGUUUCCCCAUUUCUUUUUUGGGGGGCUGAGGAAGGCAAGAUUUACAUACACUAAAAUGCACAAAUCUGAAGUCAGCACUCAGCUUUUAAACUGUCUUGUGGUCAGGGCUCUGGAGGGAGACAGCCUGGGUUCAAAUCCUGACUCUGCCACUACUGUGUGGCCUUCUAGAAGUUCCUUAACCUCUCUGUGCCUCAGUUUCUUAAGGUUUGUGUCAGGAUUAAAAGAAUUUCUAUGCAUAAAGUGUGUAGGUCAGUGGCAACCAUGUGCUAACUGCUACUUGUAUAAUAGCAUUAUUAUUAUUAUUAUUAUUAUUAUUAUUAUUAUUAUUACUUGAUGACAGAGAUGGGGCGAUGAUCUAGGACCACCUCCAACUUCCUUGGACCUGGUCCUUCCUCCCUGUAACUCCCACUGCACUGUCUACCAUACCACUUGUUGGAUCCUUGCUGCUUUGUUUUGCUCAUUCAUUCAUUUGUCCUUUCUUCAUUUAUUCAUAAACAUUUAGUCUCACCUACUGAAUGGAUGGGGCUCAUGCUAGACAGCAAGGCUCUUUGAGGUGGGGCUAUGCCUCACCGCUCUCCUGUCUACACUCUGUGUAGCAAGGGAGGUGAUGCUCAUUUCCAUCCCUCCUCAGCGAGACGAUAGUCAGUGGUGAGGCUGAGGCCCCUUUCAGCUGCUAUUUCUGUGGACGGGCUGAACUCUGCUGCUCACCAGACUCUCGGGGUUAGGGAUGAGCAAGGGAAUGGAAGGAAGAGGUUGGUCCAGUGUGGGCAUAAGUUCUUCUCAGGAACGCAGCCAUCCAUCCCUCAAGUUCUCAAGGACAUGGACACAGUCCUUCCUCCAGCACCCACCGCCGGGGUGUAGAAGAAUGCAGACUGUCCUGGAAAUCUGGACUUCUGUGUUCUCAUUGCAGCUUUGUUGCCUGACUUUCUGUAAGCUGCCUUCCCUCCCUGGGCCUCAGUUUCCCUCCCUGCUGAACCAGAUGAUCUCUAAGGCCCCCCUCCAGCUCUAACCUGCAAGCCUGUCUCUUUACCCCAACUCCUUCCCCAGUUCAGAGAACCCGGGCAUCCAGCUGCCCCACCCCAGCUCUGGGUAAACAGGAAGCUGGGUGAGGGGAGCAGGGGUGUGCGGAAAGUCCCAGCCAGGUGUGUGGGUCUAUGGGGAGGGGGUGGCCCCACCCCUGAGGUAUGAAAGCCCCCCUGCCCUGGCCCUGGCUCAGUCUCCAUGGGGACACUGGGGCUAGAGGGCCGGGGUAGGAGGCCCCAGGGGAAGGGCUGCCUCCUGCUGGCUGUGGCAGGAGCCACCUCCCUGGUGACCCUGCUGCUGGCUGUGCCUAUCACUGUCCUGGCUGUGCUGGCCUUGGUGCCCCAAGAGCAAGGAGGACAGGUAACAGGGACGGCUGACCCAGGGGCACAGGCCCAGGCCCAGCAGCGAUUGGGUAAGAGCAGACCAUCACCCCCUCCCCUGCUCCAGCCCUUCAGGGAUGCCCAGCUCCCAUUCAUCUGCAUCCCCAGAAGAGCUUUUCCUCCCAGAAUCCAGGUGCCCCAUCCUUGGGCCCUGGCGCCCGGUCCUCUCAGGGGGACCAUGCAUGGAUGGCCACCCUGGCCCCCAAUCGUGGACUCUUCGCCCCUUCCAGGGACACAGGUGCUGCCAGAGGAAGAGGCAGGAACAGAUUUCAGCUCCAGGCUCCCAGCUGCCCACCUCAUAGGUGCUUGGACGAAGGGGCAGGGGCUAGGCUGGGAGGCCAAGAAAGAAGAGGCGUUUUUGAGGAGCGGGACGCAGUUCUCCGGCGCCGAGGGACUGGCGCUCCCACAGGACGGCCUCUAUUACCUCUACUGUCACGUCGGCUACCGGGGUCGGGCGCCCCCUGCCGGCGGGGGCCUCCUUGACCACUCGGUCACGCUGCGCAGCCGGCUGUACCGGACGGGGGGCGCGUAUGGACCGGGGACUCCCGAGCUGCUGCUGGAGGGCGCAGAGACCGUGACCCCGGUCUUGGACCCGUCCCGGACGCACGAGUACGGGCCUCUCUGGUACACGAGUGUGGGCUUCGGCGGCCUGGUGCAGCUCCGGAGGGGCGAGAGGGUGUACGUCAAUAUCAGUCACCCCGAUAUGGUGGACUACAGGAGAGGGAAGACCUUCUUUGGGGCUGUGAUGGUGGGGUGAGGGCCGCUUGCGGCCCCGGGGAAAGCGACUGCAUGGCUGGAAUGUGUGACCUAGCCCAGAUAUUGGGGACCCGGCCUCCAGGGACCCCGUGGCAGUGGGAAAAAUGUAGGAGACUGUUUGAAAAUUGAUUUCGAGCCUGAAGAAAAUAAAGAAUGUAAACCUUUAGUGCUGCCAAAUACA